AUGGCCGACGAGACACCCAAGACCACCGCGCCCAUCCCGCGAACCACCCGUCCGUUGAGCGAAGCUCUUCUUAACGAAAAGUGGGAUCGCUGCGCAUCCUCAUUCCUUAUCCGCUCGGGCCUCGGCCUCUCCUUCGGCGUCGUCUUCUCCGUCCUCCUCUUCAAGCGCCGCGCGUGGCCCGCCUUCGUCGGCCUCGGUUUUGGUGCCGGUCGCGCCUGGGAGGAAUGCGAUAACUCAUUCAAGCGAGCCGCCGGCCCCUCAAAAGACGGAUUGCGUGUGAUAAGGCCAUAG